AGGUUGGGUCGAUAGACGUCGAGCGAGUCGAGACCCCGUAGUCACCAGCGAACGGCUCAGGACCUGCACAACAUUCCGACAAUAACAUAGAUCUAUAGACGCAGGGAAGGAGAGGGAUUCAGUCCUACUAUACCCUGUUUUCGCAACGCUGGUCCGCCUCAUCCGGGAUCAUACUUAGGAUGACCUCGGUCCAGACUUUACCAUCCAUCCAUUCAACCAAGCUCCAUCAUACCACCUCAUCUCCCGUCAUCAAACCCUCUCCGUACGCUUUCAAGACUGAGGUCGCGAGCAAGAAGAUGAACGGACAUAGGAACGGCGAAGAGGGAUCGAAAACCGGAGCUCCUGCAUCAUCAUCAGAACAGGUCAAAAAGCAUUGGGAAGAGUUUGGUGCGAUGAUCCAGGGGCUGCUGGAGACGCCCAUCGAGUUUCAGAGAUAUGAGGAGAAGGAAGACGUUCCUCCCGAGUUGAAGUACAAGGCUCUAAACUCGGUGGCUACCAAGGAGAACGGGGAUGGUAUCGCAACACUGGCAAAAUCGUCUUUCUCAUACGGAGACACCCCUGUCAGCCGGACCGGUACCCCCUUUUCAACGGCAUCUACCGCUACAGACGCCGACAACACGGUCCCGAACGACCAUGACCUCCAUCCUCGAACGAUUGACGCCAGAUGGCCUCACCAAGGCAACUACGGCCGCGCUUCAGGGCUGCACAAUCUGGGAAACACUUGUUUCGCCAACUCGGUGUUGCAGGUCAUGAUGCAUACACCUCCACUCUUGAGGAUGUUGGACGAGUUGAACGAGCAUGAUGGUAGCCACCGACGGAAUGGGAAGAUUUGUCUGACCUGCGAGUUGAAAAGUGCCAAGCGGGGAGUGUGGGGUUCGGGCAAGAAGACCUAUAAUCCUAUGAUCAUCACCACGAACGUCAAAAGCAUCUGCCCGACUAUGAGGCGGGGGAGACAAGAGGAUUCGCAUGAAUUCUUCCGAUAUAGCGUUGAUUCGCUACAGAACGAGACUCUCCGCGAGCUCGGAGCUACAAAAGCCCCUCACUCUGUGCGGGAAACGAGUUGGGUGCACAAAAUUUGGGGAGGUCGACUACGGUCGCGCGUACACUGCACGUCGUGCAACGCCAACAGCGAUACCUUUGAUACCUUCCUCGAUCUGAGUCUGGAUAUCGGUAAACAAACGGCGUCAGUACAGGAUGCGUUGAAGGGGUUCGCUCGAGAAGAUAGGUUGGAGGGCAAGAACAAGUAUAAGUGUGAAAAAUGCAAUAAGCAGGUCAACGCUAUCAAACAGAUGAAGGUCGUCAAAGCGCCCCCUGUGCUAUCACUACACUUGAAGCGAUUCUCGCCCUGGGGCAAGAAGCUUACUCAGCUGAUCGCCUUCGAAGAACGACUCGAGCUCAAGAACCCCGUAUACGAGGGCCCGCCUAUCGAGUACGAGCUCUACGGCGUUACUCUGCAUUACGGAUCUGGUCCCAACAACGGACAUUACAUCUCCAUCGUGCGCAAUGCCAAAAAGGAAUGGUGCAGGAUGGACGACUCGGAUGUGACCGUCCAGCCAAGAUUGUCUCUGGAUGACAAGCGGAACACAUACCAGUUGCAUUAUAUCCGAAAAUCCGGCGAUCGGCUCGCCGAGACGAUCAAUCAAGCGGCAAAGUCCAGGUCCAGCCCAAGUCCUGCCAAGCAAGGGCGACCGGACCUCGGUCGCUCGUAUGGGGCUUCGGAGAAUGGCUCUGCGUGCGAUGAGCCCGGUACCUCGCAAUCCCAUGCAAAGCGAGCACAGCUGGAACAGAUGCAGGCCAUGAAGGAUAAGCAGCAGGCUGAAGGUCGAGGGAUUAAGAGGCAAAGAGACGAAGCGCAGGAUCAGGGAGUCCCGCUCGAUACCCCGUCGGCCCAGAUGAAGAAGGCUCGAGUUGGCAAUGGCAACCCGAAGUUUGCACCCGUUCGCAGCGAGGGUUUCUACAAUGGCAAUAGCGGGAAAGUCCGAGCGGCAUCGCCAGAGGACCGGGACGCAACCGAGGACGAGGGCGAGUGGGGAGAUGAGCAGAAUGCAGAUGAGAAUGAAGCUCCGGGCCACGGAAGUUGGGAAGGCGGCUUUGACCCUAACGCGCAGAUCAGCAGGGUUUCCAGGCCCCUGCAGGGCAGGUCGAGUCAGACUCCGCCGACCUUUGGCUCUAAAGAGCACAAGCGAGGGAAGAAGGAAAAACGUCGACAGCGCAACGGAGCCUCCUCGGUCGCAUCACCUUACUUUGCGAGUCAGAACAACCACGGAGGACCUGCUCCCAAUAGAAGGCGGGGUCACAAGGCGAUGAGGGGCAAGGACAACUGAAAAGGGUAGAGAGCAGACACUUUUAUGUCAUGGCCUAGAAGGCGAUUUGUAUCCAUAGCGUGACCUUUUACGAGUAACGAGCGAUGUUCGCUAGUAUGAUAUCUGCAUUGCAUGUCAGCUG